AUGUCUAUAGCUGUAAGUCGGCCACUCUUCCGCCACCCCCACCGCCAAGGCGGCGCCCACCGACCCACCUAUCUGAAUUCCAGUAUGGCCCGGCCCUUUUAUCUAAAUUACACUCAGAGCCCAAGGCCGAUCUUCAAUGACGCCUGUAGCCUUAGCUCGCGCCAUUUCAAGCCGGCUAAAGCUCUUUCUCUACGAGCCAGUUCCAUUGAUACUGCCGUCGUCGAAACCUCUGAAUCUUCUGACGUCGUGUUCAGUGAAACUUUCCAACUAAAACGAUCUGAAAAGGUGGAUGGAAAGAUAACUAUCAGAUUAGAAAGUGGUAACAAUGAUGAUAAUUGGCAACUUACUGUGGGAUGCUGUCUUCCUGGAAAGUGGAUUCUUCACUGGGGAGUUAAUUACUUAGGUGAUGUUGGCAGUGAAUGGGAUCAACCCCCUCCAGAUAUGAGACCACCGGGUUCUAUUACCAUUAAGGACUAUGCAAUCGAAACUCCUUUAGAAAAAUCACUUGCAUCAUCGGAAGGAGAAUCAAUUUAUGAAGUGAAGAUAGACUUCAACACAAACAGCGCAAUUGCAGCUAUAAAUUUUGUAUUAAAGGAUGAGGAAACUGGAUCAUGGUAUCAGCACAGAGGAAGAGAUUUUAAGGUUCUUCUUAUUGACUGCCUUCAAGAUGAAGGAAAUAUUGUCGGAGCUAAAAAGGGUCUGGGCAUCUGGCCAGGGCCUUUGGGUCAGAUAUCCAACAUUCUCCUUAAAUCAGAAGCAGCUAAUUCUAAGGAAGACAUUGGGGAACGUAGUUCGCAAAAGAGGGGUCUUCAGGGUUUCUAUGAAGAACAGGCUGUUGUUAAAGAAACCCUUGUUGAUAACUCAGUAAGUGUGUCUGUUAGGCAUUGUCUGGAGACGGCCAAGAAUCUUUUGAAUAUUGAAACUGAUUUACCUGGAGAUGUAAUUGUUCACUGGGGUAUUUGCAAAGAUGAAGGUAAAACAUGGGAAAUUCCAUCUGAGCCCUAUCCUCCUGAAACAAGCAUGUUCAAGGAUAAGGCUUUGCGGACUCGCUUGCAGCGAAAAAAUGGUGGGCAUGGCUCAUCGGGAUCAUUUAUAUUGGAUGAAGGAUCUGUGGCAUUUGUUUUUGUGCUGAAGCUGAAUGAAAACACAUGGUUGAAUUGUCAUGGAAAUGAUUUUUACAUCCCCCUUUCAAACAUUAGUGUCCCUGCCAUUCAGUCUGGGCAGACACAUUCUGAAGAUGAGGGACAAAAUAAUGAGUCCAGUUCUUUAUUGAUAUCUGGCAAUGCUUCUGAAGAAAAUCAAGAAGUUUCUGCAUACACAGAUGAAAUCAUUGAUGAGAUAAGGAAUUUAGUGACUGAUAUUUCCUCUGAAAAGAGUCGAAAAACAAAAAACACAAAAGCACGAGAGAGUAUUCUCCAAGAAAUUGAGAAGCUUGCUGCAGAAGCCUACAGUAUUUUCAGAAGUUCUAUUCCUACGUUUAUUGAAACUGAUCUGAUAAAAGAAGUUGCUUUAGAACCCCCAGUAAAGAUAACUUCAGGGACUGGUUCGGGAUUUGAAAUUCUAUGCCAGGGCUUUAACUGGGAAUCUCAUAAAUCUGGUAAAUGGUAUAUAGAUCUCCGCGAAAAAGCUUCAAAAUUAGCAUCACUUGGUUUUACUGUUAUCUGGUUACCUCCACCGACCGACUCCGUGUCACCUGAAGGCUACAUGCCAACGGACUUGUAUAACUUAAACUCCAGGUAUGGAAACAUCGAUGAAUUAAAGAUUCUUGUGAAGGAACUCCAUAAAGUUGGUAUUAGGAUUCUAGGGGAUGUUGUCCUAAACCACCGAUGUGCACAAUACAAGAAUCAAAAUGGUAUUUGGAAUAUUUUUGGUGGUCGUUUGAACUGGGAUGACCGUGCAGUUGUUGCUGAUGAUCCACAUUUCCAGGGAAGGGGGAACAAGAGUAGUGGAGAUAAUUUCCAUGCUGCUCCAAACAUUGAUCACUCUCAAGAAUUUGUGAGAAAGGAUAUCAAGGAAUGGUUGCACUGGCUGAGAGAAGAAAUUGGUUAUGAUGGAUGGAGGCUUGAUUUUGUGCGUGGGUUUUGGGGUGGUUAUGUGAAGGACUACCUGGAAGCAACCGAGCCUUACUUUGCCGUAGGAGAAUACUGGGAUUCCCUUAGUUACACGUAUGGUGAGAUGGAUCACAAUCAAGAUGCACAUAGACAGAGAAUCAUCGACUGGAUUAAUGCUACUAAUGGAACUGCUGGGGCAUUUGACGUGACAACAAAAGGGAUUCUUCAUUCAGCACUUGGACGAUGUGAAUAUUGGCGAUUAUCGGAUGGGAAAGGAAAACCUCCUGGAGUAGUGGGAUGGUGGCCAUCUCGCGCUGUUACUUUUAUUGAGAAUCAUGAUACUGGUUCUACUCAGGGUCAUUGGAGAUUUCCAGGUGGAAAAGAAAUACAAGGUUAUGCCUACAUCUUAACUCACCCAGGAACGCCAUCAGUUUUCUACGAUCACAUUUUUUCUGAAUAUCAAUCUGAAAUAUCAACACUUCUCUCCAUCAGAACCCGGAACAAAAUCAACUGUCGGAGCACAGUUAAAAUAGUGAAGGCAGAGAGAGAUGUUUAUGCAGCAAUGAUCGAUGAAAAGGUGGCAAUGAAAAUUGGACCAGGUCAUUACGAGCCCUCAAAUGGCUCCAGGAACUGGUCGUUAGCAGCUGAGGGAAGAGAUUACAAGGUCUGGGAAACAUCAUGA